GCAACAUUCUACACUAUGGAUAGAAAGGAGAGUGGAGGGUAUGAGAACCAGUUGACAGUUACGCACACACACACACACACACACCUGUUGCGUGUUGCUGCAAUAGCGGAGCACACGUGGGGCAGCGGCAAGGUGACACGUAGCCGGCCGCGCUCAGCUGAUCGUAGCCACCGCACACCUCCCUCCACGCCCAUACAUUGCCUACCUCCACCAGCCUUUGCACGCCGGACUGUUCUCUGGUCACACCUUGUUGCUCCCCACACUUCGACGCAGAAACAAAAGAUGGGAUUUAGUAGUGGAGUUGUGCAAGUGGUGAUUAUUGCUGCUGCUGUGGUGAGCUGUGUGUCAGCCUCAAAACCUCCCAAAUCAAAGGUUGUGAAGUGUGCUGUGUGCCGCAGCGUGGUGAGCGAGUUGUAUGACGCCAUCCUGGAGGUUGAUCCCAGAAAAACCAUUGAAGUGGGCUCCUAUCGCAUUGAAGCUGAUGGAAAACAGAAGGUUUCGGCUGUGAAGUACGCUGGCUCUGAGGUGCACAUGAUGGAAGUGAUGGAGACGGUGUGCAAGAGCAUGAAGGACUAUGCUCAGGCCAGACAUAAGGAGACAGGGCGCCUGGAGGCCAUCAAGCUGGUGGUGGGCGGCAGCAUGAACCCACGCAUGGGGGAGUACGACAUGGUGCAGGACCCAGACCUCAACAAAGGCCUGGAGUUCCACUGUGAGGCGAUUGUGGAGGAGUUUGAGGAUGAGAUUGGUUCAUUUUUCAAGAAUAGUGGUGACAGCAAACUGUUUGACCUGCAGGAACAGUUCUGUAAUGAAGUGACAAGUUUGUGCUCGGGUGUCAAGGAUGAGUUAUAAUACAGGAAAGUUUGCAGGUACUAUAUAUAUUUUGUGUUUUGUUCAUGUUGUAGUUUGUUUUUGUAUGCACUUGCAUGAAAUUGGUAAUAACUUGUAGAAUUUGUGAUCUCUUGUAAAAUUACCAAGUAGAAUUUGUGAUUUCUUGUAAACUCAGGAGAAUAUGGCAAUUGUACCCAGUAGCCAAAAUGUUGUGGUGAGCAUGGGGAAGGUCAACAUGGUGACUGAACCUCUGUAGAUUGUCCUAUACAUAAAACAGCCAGUAAGUGACGUUUAAAAAUAUACAUACAUAAAUUAGAUUACACUUAUUCUGAUGGAAAACAAAAAAAAUUGAAUGUACAUUACCAUGGAAAGUAGCAUCUAUCUUUAGCAAAACUGUGGCCUCCCUUGAUAUCAGAUAACCCAGAGGACAGUGCGGUGUGUGUGUGUGUGUGUGUGUGUGUGUGUGUGUGUGUGUGUGUGUGUGUGUGUGUGUGUGACUGUUUGAUCUGCUGCAGUCUCUCUCUGUGUGCAUGCUUGUGUGUGUGUCUGUGCUUGCAUGUAUGAGUGAAUGAGUAAAUGCGUGAGCAUGUGUGGUUAUCUUAAACAGUACAUUGUCUUGGUGAGGUGUAACUUUUUAACAUUAGUUAUGAGAUAUCAUGAGACAUUGAAUUCAGAUGUACAAUGAUGUGGCUAUCUUAGUUAAUAAACUGAUAGGGCCUGCA